AUGGAAGGGUUUUUUCUCGACACUGUUUUGGUUGUUUUCGUUGGACUGUUUCUCUUACUCGGCUUAAAAUUGGUGUUAAAUUUCAUUUUGGAUACACUGUCAUCACAUCCAGAAACUUCACCAGCACCUAGAAAAAUCGAACCAGAAAUAAAGCCAGCAUCAGGCUUCUUACCUGGUGUAAACCAUUCACAGGACAACCUGGACAACAUAACAAGUGAACCGCAGGCUAAUUCGAUGACAACUGAAUCCAAACGGAUAAAACUUUUGCAAGAGCUGCUAGAAAAUAGCGAAAACAAGCUCCUACAACUGGAAGCCGCAUUCGACGUUGAGAAAUCCGCGUUAAUGCAAGAGGUUCACACGUGUAAAUCAACCCUUCUGUCUGCCGCCCAGAAACACGCAACCGAUAAUCAGAAAUUAAAAGAGACAUUCACCAGAGAGAUUAUCGAAUUGAAAAGUUUUAAUGAACGUGUUCAAGCGGCGUUGAAAUUGUCAAACAACAGAGAAGAAAAACUCGAAAACAUGUUGCGCAAAGCCACACAGGACGCCGAAACAUUAAGAACAGAGAUCUUGCACGCCGAUGAAAAGUUUCGCAAAUUACUUGAAUCCAUUGCUGAAGAAGAAAAGCGUGAGCUCAAGCAGUUGAACGAGACUUCGUCCAAAGAGAUAACCGAGCUAAAAUCUUCGAUAGGAAAAGCCACACAGGACUCCGAAGCAUUAAGAACAGAGAUCUUGCAUGCCGAUCAAAUGUCUCGCAAAUUACUUGAAUCCGUGGCUGAAGAAACACAGUUUGAGCUCCAGCAGUUGAAAGAGACUACCUCCAGAGAGAUAACAGAGCUAAAAUCCACGAUGGAAGAUGAUCAAGUAGCAUUAACAUUGGCAUACAAGAAACAACAAGAGCUGGAAAACAUGUUAGAAAAAGCCACACAGGACGCAGAAGCAUUAAGGACAGAAAUGUCCGAUACGCUUGCCAACGAAAAGGCUCUCUAUGAAGAACGAGAAAAGCAACUGAAGUUGGUUGCCGAAGUAGCCCAGCGUCAGCUCUUGGAAAUAAGGCAAAGCACCGACAAAGAGACUAUGGAGCUAACAGCUACGAAGCAAGCUAACGAAGCGGCGUUGAUAUCGGCAGAGCAAAAAUUGAAGGAAAUGGAGGAGUUGUCGUUGAAACGCAACCAAGAGGCUGAAACUUUGGCAAACGAACAAGCCGCAGCUUUGACUGAAGCAAAGUAUGAGCUCAAGCAAUUGAAAGCGACUUCAUCCAAAGAGAUAACGGAGCUAAAAUCUUCGAUGGAAGAUGAUCAAGCAGCAUUAAAAUUGGCAUCCAUAAAACAGCAAGAACUGGAAAGCAUGUUGGGAAAAGCCACACAAGACGCAGAAGCAUUAAGGACAGAAAUGUCCGAUGCGCUUGCCAACCAAAAGGCUCUUUAUGAAGAACAAGAAAAGCAACUGAAGUUACUUGCCGAAGAAGCCCAGCGUCAACUCUUGGAAAUAAGGCAAAGCACAGACAAAGAGAUUAUGGAGCUAACAGCUACGAAGCAAGCUAAUGAAGCGGCGUUGAUAUCGGCAGAGAAAAAAUUGAAGGAAAUGGAAGAGUUGUCAUUGAAACGCAAUCCAGAGGCUGAAUCCAUGGCAAACGAACAGGCCGCAGCUCUGACUGAAGCAAAGUAUGAGCUUAAGCAAUUGAAAGAAACUUCUUCCAAAGAGAUAAUGGAGCUAAAAUCUUCGAUGGAAGAUGGUCAAGCAGCAUUAAAAUUGGCAUACAAGAAACAGCAAGAGCUGGAAGACGUGUUAGGAAAAGCCACACAGGACGCAGAAGCAUUAAGGACAGAAAUGUCCGAUGCGCUUGCCAACCAAAAGGCUCUUUAUGAAGAAGGAGAAAAGCAAUUGAAGUUGGAUGCCGAAGAAGCACAACGUCAGCUUAUGGAAAUAAGACAAAGCACAGACAAAGAGAUUAUGGAGCUAACAGCUACGAAGCACGCUAAUGAAGCGGCGUUGAUAUUGGCGGAGCAAAAAUUAAAGGAAAUGGAGGAGUUGUCGUUGAAACGCAACCAAGAGGCUGAAUUCCUUUCAAACGAACAGGUUGCAGCUCUGACUGAAGCAGUCAGUGCAUUGCAAGUAGCAGUUAAGCACGCCAAGGACGAAGCUUCAGGUCCUGACACCUUUGUAGGGAAGGAGGAACCCGUAGGAAAGAACGAAACUUUAGAGGAGUGGUUAUUAAAACAUGGUUUUUUAACCAGAAUCCCUCCAAAAACUUGGAGAGAGCUGUUGGAGCAUACAGGGUCCUUGAUGGCCGAAAAAGCCAAUAACCUGAAGUCCAAAGCAAAAAUGCUCUUCCAUGAUAACCCAGCCCAAACAGAAUAA